CGCCAUUUUCCCAGAGAGAGGCAGUGACAUAGAGGGAGCGUAGGAGUCUGAGAGGAGGGAGACGGGAGCAGCAGUGGCAGCGGGGUUUGUACACAGGUCUCAAGGCAAAGGCGCUUCCCAGCUGGUCCCUGCAGGGUUCUGAGUGCCGAGCCGGUCUGGGGGACCCCUCUGCUCACUCCUCUUUACCAGAGUCAGCUGAGGGCUGCGUCCUGCCCAGGCUAGGGACAUCCGCAGUGGGGCCGUUGCAUUGUUUUGGUUGGGAUAGGAAAGGGGCUCAGCUAAGGGGGAGCUGCUGCCUGGCCUGUGAUCAUUACAGUUCUAAAGAGUUUCUGUGUCAAUUUAAAAGGGGAUGAUUCUCCCCACCCCCUUUGUAGAGACGGUAUGGAGCCUAAGUUGCUCAAUAUAGAGAGGAAACUCCCAACACUGAGAAGAAAUUUAAAAUUCCUAUUUAUGUGAAGGAUUAAAACUUCCAGUCUUCCUGGGUUUGGAUUCCCAGACUGAAGCAUAAGGAGAUCAGACCUUCUUCCAAAUCCUGCAGGUUUGCCCAAGACACAAGUGGAAGCUCUAAUCCAGCAUCCAUUCAGACCAAAUGCAACAUAUGGAAGUAGGGGAAAACUACAUGUGUGGGAAUCCUACAUCAGUGAAAAAAUUUAGAAUAAAAUAGAAGAGUUUAGCUGAAAGGGUUUGUGGAUGCACUUAGAUGUUUGCAAUGAGCACUGUGGCUGGCAUGCCCCAGUGUUUUGGAUACCAAUGCACAGGACUCCAUAGUAAUCGAAUUUAUCAGAAACGAACGUCAUGAGCAUAGUGAUCCCGUUUGGGGUUGACACAGCAGAAACUUCUUAUUUGGAAAUGGCUGCAGGCUCAGAACCAGAAUCUGUAGAAGCUAGCCCUGUGGUAGUCGAAAAAUCAAACAGUUAUCCACACCAGUUAUAUACCAGCAGUUCUCAUCACUCUCACAGUUACAUUGGUUUGCCUUAUGCGGACCAUAACUAUGGUGCUCGUCCUCCUCCAACGCCUCCAGCAUCUCCUCCUCCAUCAGUUCUUAUCAGCAAGAAUGAAGUAGGCAUAUUUACCACUCCCAAUUUUGAUGAAACUUCCAGUGCUACUACCAUCAGCACAUCAGAGGAUGGAAGCUAUGGAACUGAUAUUACCAGGUGUAUUUGUGGUUUUACCCAUGAUGAUGGAUACAUGAUCUGUUGUGACAAAUGCAGUGUUUGGCAGCACAUUGAUUGCAUGGGGAUCGACAGGCAGCAUAUUCCUGAUAUAUAUCUGUGUGAACGUUGUCAACCUAGAAGUUUAGAUAAAGAAAGGGCAGUGCUGCUGCAGCGAAGAAAAAGGGAAAACAUGUCAGAUGGGGAUACAAGUGCAACAGAAAGUGGUGAUGAAGUUCCUGUGGAACUAUAUACUGCUUUUCAACACACACCAACUACAAUUACUCUAACUGCUACAAGGGUUACUAAGGUUAAUGACAAGAAAAGGAAAAAAAGUGGGGAGAAAGAGCAGAACAUUGCAAAAUGUAAAAAGGCUUUUCGCGAAGGAUCUAGGAAAUCUUCAAGAGUUAAGGGUUCAGCUCCAGAGAUUGAUCCUUCUGACAGUUCAAACUUUGGAUGGGAAACUAAAAUCAAGGCAUGGAUGGAUCGUUAUGAAGAAGCAAAUAAUAACCAGUACAGCGAGGGUGUUCAGAGAGAGGCACAAAGAAUAGCUCUGAGACUAGGCAAUGGAAAUGACAAAAAAGAAAUUAGCACCAGCAAUCUGAUCUUCAAACCUCCAGUAGAGAGCUAUGUGCAAAAAAACAAGAAAAUUCUAAAAGCUGCCAAAGACUUGCCUCCAGAUGCGCUUAUUAUUGAAUAUAGAGGAAAAUUCAUGCUGAGAGAACAAUUUGAAGCUAAUGGGUAUUUCUUUAAAAGGCCAUAUCCUUUUGUUUUGUUUUAUUCCAAAUUCCAUGGACUAGAAAUGUGUGUUGAUGCAAGAACCUUUGGAAAUGAAGCUCGAUUCAUUAGACGGUCUUGUACACCCAAUUCGGAGGUGAGACAUGUAAUUGAAGAUGGAACAAUUCAUCUUUAUAUUUACUCCAUCCAAAACAUUCCAAAGGGAACAGAAAUUACUAUCGCAUUUGAUUUUGAUUAUGGAAAUUGUAAAUACAAAGUGGACUGCGCUUGCCUCAAAGAAAAUCCUGAAUGUCCAGUUCUUAAACAUGGUUCCGAACCUACAGAAAACAUCAAUACUGGAUAUGAGACUAGAAGGAAAAAGGGAAAGAAAGAGAAGGACAUUUCAAGAGAAAAGGAAACACAAAAUCAGAACAUCACACUCGAUUGUGAAGGAGCAGCCACCAAAAUGAAGAUUCCUGAUAAUAAGCAGAGGAGACUUUCUCCCCUCAGGCUAUCCAUUUCCAAUAAUCAGGAGCCAGAUUUUAUUGAUGAUAUAGAAGAAAAAACUCCUAUUAGCAAUGAAGUAGAAAUGGAAUCAGAGGAGCAGAUUGCAGAAAGGAAAAGGAAGAUGACAAGAGAAGAACGGAAAAUGGAAGCUAUUCUGCAAGCUUUUGCCAGACUAGAAAAAAGAGAAAAAAGAAGAGAACAGGCUUUGGAAAGAAUCAGCACAGCUAAAACGGAGGUUAAAUCAGAAUGCAAGGAAGCACAGAUUAUCAGUGACACAGAGUUUAUUCAGGAAUCAGCAAAAGAGGAAACUGCCACCAAGCCAACCCCUGCCAAAGUUAAUAGAGCUAAACAAAGAAAAAGCUUCUCUCGGAGCAGAACACAUAUUGGACAGCAGCGUAGACGACACAGAACUGUCAGCACGUGUUCAGAUAUCCAGCCAUCUUCUCCAGAUGUGGAAGUUGCUUCACAACAGAAUGAAGCUGAGAACACUGCACUUGCAGCUGAGCCUGAAACAGAAACUACUAUUGCAGAAAUAGUUACUGAAACAGAAGCUCCAGCACUUAAUAAAUGCCCUGCUAAGUAUCCUAAAACAAAGAAGCACUUGGUCAGUGAAUGGUUAAGUGAGAAGAAUGAGAAGACAGGAAAGCCUAUAGACAGCAUUUCAGAAAGGCCUCUGCGUAUAACUACAGACCCUGAAGUUCUGGCUACACAACUGAAUUCUUUACCAGGUCUCACUUACAGUCCACAUGUAUAUUCUACUCCUAAGCACUAUAUUCGUUUUACUUCACCAUUCCUUUCAGAAAAAAGGAGGAGAAAAGAACCCAUGGAAAACAUUACUGGCUCUUGCAAGAAGCGUUGGUUGAAGCAAGCUUUGGAAGAAGAAAACUCAACAGUGAUAGACAGAUUUAAUUCUCCAUCUCAAGAAAGAUCUAGAAGUCCUGUGAUCAAUGGUGAAAAUAAAAGUCCAUUAUUAUUGAAUGACAGCUGUUCCUUACCAGAUCUAACAACACCACUAAAAAAACGAAGAUUCUAUCAGUUGUUGGAUUCUGCUUAUUCAGAAACCUCCACACCUACUCCUUCUCCAUAUGCCACGCCAACUCAUGCUGAUACCACUGCCACAGACCCAUCAUUGUUUGCUACUCCUCCUAGGAUAAAAGCAGAAGAUGAAACUUGUAGGAAUGGAUAUAAACCCAUAUAUUCACCAGUUACCCCCGUGACUCCAUGUAUACAUGGAAAUGCCAUGCACUUUGAGAAUAUUUCCUCACCUGACAGUUCCCCAGAAAUUAAGAGGCGAGCUUACAGUCAAGAGGGAUAUGACAGAUCAUCCACAAUUCUAGCACUAAAUUCUUUCAGAAAUUCCAGUCUGACAGAAAUGGGCCUGCAAGAAAUAAAGACUAUUGGAUAUUCUAGUCCAAGGAAUAGGACCGAUGUCACCAGGCAGUGCACUGGAGAAAAGGAAUCUGUAUCAGACCUUCAGUUGGGACUCGAAGUUGAGCAAAGUACACUGCAUAAAAACUUGGAAGCCCCCUCACAUGAUAGGACUGAUUCUAACAGCCAACUAGAAACUGCUCAGUGUGGUCGGGGUACAAUUUAUUCUACAUGGGUAAAAAGCCCAGACAGGACAGGUGUAAAUUUUUCAAUGAAUUCUAAUUUGAGGGACUUGACACCUUCACAUCAGUUGGAAGUAGGAGGUGGAUUCAGAAUAAGUGAGUCAAAGUGCCUGAUUCAAGAUGAUGCAAGAGGCAUGUUUAUGGAAGCAUCUGUUUUUUGUACUUCAGAAGAUGGAAUUGCAUCUGGCUUUGGAAGGACUGUCAAUAACGACAUCUUGAUGGAUGGAAAUUGCACACCCCAGAAUCCUCCACAAAAGAAAAAGGUGUCUUUAUUAGAAUACCGAAAGAGACAACGAGAAGCUAGAAAAAGUGGUUCCAAGACUGAGAGCUUUUCUCUGGUUACCGUAUCUCCUCAUGCUGCUGGUGGAGGAAGUAUAAGCAGUAACAAUGGUGCUAAUGAUGGGUAUAACAGUGGUGAAAACGGGGAGCAAAUUGAUAACACUGCUAACCUACCUUUACCAUUGCCAGCUACUGUUUAUAAUACAACUCCAGAAGAAACUGGCAACAACUGUCCAACUAAAGAAGCUUCUUCCAGUGAGAAGAAUGAACCAGAAGUUCAAUGGACUGCUUCAACUUCAGUGGAACAAGUGAGGGAGCGAAGUUAUCAAAGAGCUUUACUUCUCAGUGAUCAUAGGAAAGACAAGGACAGUGACCCUGAUCCUGAAAAUCCAGAGUCCACAACUGAAUGUCCGUCCCCAGAUACUUCUCAAAAGACUUGCAAGAGUCCUUCAAAAGCAAGCAAGCCUUCUUCACCUGGUCCUGUAGUUUCAGCGCAGUCAAGUGGGAGAACACCCACAAAACCAGAUUCUCACUGGGAAACUGCAGUUAAUACUCCAGAGGCUGAGAAUGUGAAUCAUCCAAAAUCUGAGCUGCAACAAAAACAACUGACAAAUAAUGUCCAAGUACUUUCAAAAACUCACCCAUCUCCGUCGCAUUUGCGUAGUUCAACAGAGCAACUUUCCCAUUCACAAAAGCUGCCUUCUGCACCUUUGAAACUGCACUGUCCCCCUUCACCUCAUGUAGAAAAUCCUCCAAAAUCAUCUACUCCUCACACACCUGUACAGCAUGGUUAUCUUUCACCAAAGCCUCACUCACAACAGUUAGGAUCUCCGUACAGACCUCAUCAUCCACAGUCACCUCAAGUUGGAACACCUCAGAGAGAAACACACAGAAGUUUUUAUCCAGCAGCACAGAACCUUCAGCCUGGUAGUCAGCAGCAGGCUAGUGGACAUUUGUUCACCCAGGCACCUUCAGGACAAUCUUCAGCAACUUAUAGUCAGUUUAACCAACAAAAUUUGAACAGCAGUGCACCACCCCCCCCUCCUCCCCCACCCCCUUCUUCUUCGACUUACUAUCAAAACCAGCAGCCCUCCGGAAACUUUCAGAGUUAUAGUCAGUUAAAGGGUAGCAUACCCCAACAAACUGUUUUCUCUUCUGGACCAAAUCAAGCACUUCCUGGCACUACGGGCCAGCAAGCAGUUCCAGGACACCAUGUAACUGCAGGGCAUUUUUUGCCAUCUCAGAACCCCAGUAUUCAUCAUCAGGCUUCAGCCUCUGCUGUUCCUCCUCCUCCUCCACCACCACCUGCUCCAGGACCUCAUCUUGUACAGCAGCAAAGUUCCCAUCAGCAGCAUUCUGUAGCACACGUAGUAGGUCCAGUUCAUGCCGUGGCAGUAGCCCCUGGAUCACACAUUCAUUCUCAAGCUGCUGGUCACCAUUUGCCACCACCACCUCCACCCCCAGGUCCUCUACCCCAUCAUCAACCUCCUCAUUCCACAACAGGACAUCAAGGUCUGCAAGCACAACACCAGCAUGUAGUAAAUUCAGCUCCUCCACCCCCGCCGCCUCCACCUUCCAAUGUUUUAGGCUCUGGGCAUCACCCAGCAUCAGCACAAGGGUUACACCAUCCAUCACAUCAAGGACCCCCACAUUUUCCUUCAAGUGCUCAUUCAAGUGUAUCUUCCUAUUCAUCACAAGCCCCACAUCAUACAACCUUGGGACCUGGACCUCAACAUCAGCCUGCUGGAACAGGACCUCACUGUCAAGGUCCUCAUAUCCAACCUCAAGGACCAAACAGUAUUCCAACACCUACAGCUUCAGGGUUCUGUCCUCAUCCUGGCUCUGUAACCCUUCCUCAUGGGGUGCAAGGACCUCAGCAGGCAUCUCCAGUGCCUGGACAAAUUCCUAUUCACAGAGCACAGGUGCCACCAACUUUUCAAAAUAAUUACCAUGGUUCAGGGUGGCAUUAAAAUGGGACCCUUGCUCCUAAACAUUUUAAAAAUGUUUCUGUAAGAUAAACUGUGUAUAUUUCAUAUGUACCUGUUCAAGGUACUUUUUAAAGCUUGUACAUGAUACUUUGUAUAAAAGCAAACACCAGUGCUCUUUCAUUGUAUUCUUUCCAUUUUUUUGCUUUUUUAAAAUUCCUGAAAAUGUGCUGUUCAGCCAGUAUUAGGUAUUUCUUUUUAUUUUGUAAGUGAACAUUCCAGCAGUUUUUUCUGGCAGUAGAUUUGAUGCUGCAUAAUCUUUAAAUUUUAUUGUUGCAGUUAAAUUCAUUUAGUGAAUGUUUUCUAUAUUACUUUUUAUACAUAUGUAAUUAAAUAAGUACACUGAUAGAGAUGGCACGAAUAGGUUUUUCAUUUUCUUCUGUCAACAGUUCUUUGUGUGCAUAUAGCUAGAAAACAAUGCAAUACAGAUUUUUAUAGUUUGGUGUGGACAAGACUUUUGUUUCAUCAGUUAUUUGCAGAAAUGUAAUUUAAUGUAUAGAUUGUUUCUAAUAUCUGACAACUGCUGUAAAUACUAUUUCUUUUGCGUGUAAAAUUGCUUAAGGCUUCUUUCAUUUGAUAUAGUACUGUACAUAAUGACAAGUCUCUUUUGCAAAAAUGUGUGAUCUUUGUGGAAGUAGUACAGUAUAUGAUCUUUAAUUUUUUAAUAUACUGUCACAUUGCAGCACUGGUUGGGCAUUUUAAUUCAUGUUAAUAAAUCACAAUUAUGU